AUGUUCCGCGCUCGGCCAAAACCGUCCGUCCGACUGAAGUCUCGGCCAAAGUUCAAACCGUCGGCCGAUCACGCAUCACGACCCGGGAAACUGCCCGCGGUCGGCCAAGCCACAGCCACGCCACGCCACGCCGCGCACGACCAUGCCGCGCGAGCCGGGAAACGCCUCGCGGCCGCGCAACUCGCGUACCACAUUCCGUCCGAGCCGGGAAAACGUCCCACGUCCGGCCGAGAAACCAUCGGCCAAAUCUAUCCGCCGACCAAGCCGGCCGACCGUGAAAUCAUCCGGCCACGACCGUUCCGACUCGGCCACAACCCGACUGUCCGGCCGAUCGUCCCGACCGACCGUCCGAACGCCGCGGUCGACCCGAAGCCGUUUUUGAAGCCCAAUCCGCACAAUUCAAGCCCAAAGCCGGCGCCGACCUAG